AUGGCUACCAUGAAUCUCCUCACUCUCCUCGUCGUCCUUGCGGGCCUGCUUCCGACGCUGGUCCAGGGGUUCUGGAAGAUGCCCUGCUACGGCACCAUUGUCCGUGAGCGCAUCGACCCGGUCAUGGAUCCCGGCCUCGUCUCAGAUCACCUUCACCGCGUCGUCGGCGGUUCCGGCAUUAACUUCACUAUGAACGAAGCCUUGACUCGCCGCGCUGGUUGUUCGUCGUGCAUCGUUGUACAAGACAAGUCCAACUACCUGGUCCCCCAGCUGUACUCGUAUGAGUCGACCCUCCUUGGACCUGUCUACACUCUCGUCGAGGACGGUAGUGUCAACAUCACUUACACUCAAAUCCGCAAUGACGGCGAGAUCAUCCACCCUUUCCCCGAGAGCCUGACCAUGACUGCCGGCAACCCUUACAGGCGCAGCUUCUUGGAUGAUGCCAUGGCAAACGCCAUCUCGUUCCGCUGUGAUGGUGGAAAUGUCGAGUUUCCCGGCCUCCCGGAAAGUUGCACUAUCAUCGUCGCCGCCAUCCGCUUUCCCAAUUGCUGGAACGGCCGCGAUGCCACUUCGGAGAACUCCACCCACAUGUCCUACGAUGAGGCUGGCAUUUGCCCUUCGACUCAUCCUGUCCGCGUCAUGACCUUGCGCUACGACUUCGAGUUCGACGCGUCCAAAAUACACCGUACCGCCUCAUCCAAUAAGCUCAUUUUCUCCAUGGGAGACGACACCGGCUACGGCUUCCACGGUGUCUUUAUCAACGGCUGGAAUACGACAACGCUUUCAACCGCUAUCAACACCUGUGUGGACACGGAUACCGGUGAUAUUGCGACAACCUGCGACGUGCUGACCCAGUACGACGCCGAUCAGUGUAUCGACUGCAAAGUGCCUCCUCGUGUGGAUGAACCAAUCGACGGGGUUGGAUAUCUUCCUGGUAGUCAUGACUGGUCAAACGAGAACUGCACCGGGCGCUCUAUUGGUGACUAUCAAAUCGGCUAUGAGAACCUCGUUCCCGGCGGCUGGCAAUACGAAGGCUGUUCAAGCACCGCCGAUCCGUUUGGCAUCAACCAAGGGCUUCACUUUCGCGAGAGACCCGAUCUCACCCCUAGUUUGUGCCGCGACUUGUGCCAAAAUCACAACGUUCUUGGCUGGUUUGCUCUCCACGAUGACGAGUGCACUUGCUCCAAGCUCGAUCCCAAGCCUGCGAACCUCCCAGCCGUCGGCUUCCUCGGCAACUGCGACACUCCGUGCCCGGGCAACCACAGUUUUACCUGUGGUGGUUUGAACAGCACUUCACUCUACAAGCACUGCGACGGUACUGGCGAUGUAUGCCACAACUACGAGUUCACGCAGUGGCCCACUGACUACAAGAGACUUCCGAAGCGCUUCGUCUCCAAGACCGAUGAGUACGAGACUAUUGCCGUUGGUGGUGAGAAAAGAACCGUCGUCGACGUCGACGAGGACCCGGCCAGCAACAGCCAAUCCUCCGACGUGCUCAAACCCGUCGUCAGCGGCGCCCGCCUUGAAGGCUCCCAUGAACAGUCGGUUUUCAUCGGCUACAAAGUCUGCGCGCGCCACUCCGGACAUUUGAAGCACACGGCCGCCGACGGCGGCAUCACCUGCAGCGUCAUCGAGGGCUCCCGCGCCGAGAGCGUGGCCGCCGCCUUCAUCGACUGGGCCAUCGCCGAGUACGCACUCGACGCGCAUGCCGCCUAUGCCUCGCCUGAGGACGUGCUUGACGCGCGCAUCGCGCAGCUACGCAUGGCCGAAUUGCACCGGCUGCGCCCGCGUGUCAUGGGCAUGGAUGCUGUGCUCGCCGUCCUGCUCGUCUCGAGCUUCUGCCUACUCGGCAUCACCCUCAUCGCCAAGAACCACGAGCUGUGUGGUGCCCACCGCCGCGCCAGCCAAGUGCACAAUGACAUCGAGCUCGCCACUCGCCUGCUUGACAUGGACCCGGCCGUCUUCGAAAUGCUGUUCGCCAAGUACGCCGCUUUGAAGGCUAGGCGGGACGAGCUGGAGUUGCAGCGCAACAGGAUCGUGGAGCCGGAUCGUGAGAAAGACUUGAAUGCUUCGUUCUCCUCUUGA